AUGGACUCUGCUGCCUGUGCUGCUGCUGCCACCCCUGUUCCAGCCCUGGCUCUGGCCCUAGCUCCAGACCUAGCACAAGCCCCACUGGCACUCCCUGGCCUGUUAAGCCCAUCUCCCCUUCUCUCCUCUGGACAAGAAGUAGAUGGGAGUGAAAGAAGAACUUGUCUCUGGAGGCCCUGGCUGUCUUCCACAAAUGACUUUCCAAGGCAGAUGAGGAAGCUGGUGGAUUUGGCUGCUGAUGGGGCAACGGCUGCUGAGGUCACCAAGGCUGAAUCCAAGUUCCAUCACCCUGUCAGGCUCUUCUGGCCUAAAUCCUGCUCCUUCGACUAUCUGUACAGUGCUGGGGAGAUUUUACUGCAGAACUUUCCUGUCCAGGCAACCAUCAACCUAUAUGAGGACUCAGACAGCGAAGAAGAAGAGGAAGAUGAAGAGGAGGAUGAAGAAGAGAAGUAGGAGGCCAAUGAAAAGGGGCCAGAAGAGUGUGUGAGGGUACCAGGGUCCAUACCCUACAGCGCCACAGCUCAUCCCCCUUCCCCACCCCUAACCUAUCCAAAUGGAGGCAGCCAGAGUCUGACUGGGGUUCAGUUUAUCUGGCGAGUUUUCACAGACAUCAAUUAGCCAGGAGUAUUAGU